AUGUCGUCGAGAUCUAAAAAGAGCAAGUCGACGGCUCGUUCAGAUAAGAAGCCAGAUGAAAGCAAUCUUACACAAGUAACUGAUGCACAACCGAUGACUGAGCCUCCAAAAGAAGGAGAAAAACCACCAGAAGGAGAACAAAAGGCGCCAUCUGAAAAGAAGCCGAAAUCAAGGAAAAAGAAAUUAACAGCAAAGGAAAGGAAGCGCCUGAAACUCGAACAGCUUGAAAGAGAAAGACAACAGCAAUUAGCAGAAAAAGCUAAUCGUGAAGCUGAAGAAAGACGUAAGCGUGAACGCGAAAUGGCACUUGCUGGUCAACAAAGAUUACAAAAUGAAGAAACUCAGCUUAAAGAAUUCCGUGAAGCUCGUAUUCUUAAUAAUGCAACAAUUAGAGCUGACGCAGCUAAACAAACUGAUUGGGAAACAUAUCUUCAAUGCGAUCAUUCAACUAAUCCUCUUGAUAAAGCUGAUGUCAAUUCGUUCAUUACUUUAUGGCGUGAAGCUGAAGAUACAAAUAUGCCUGUAUUAUUCGAACAUAUUGCCACUGUUGUCAAACUUAUCAAUCAAUUAACAAACUUACGUUAUACUGCUGAGGUUGCUGCUAUCAAUGAAGACGUAACUCGCUUCUCUGAGCAUAUAAACGAUAUUAGAUCCAUAAUUUCACAAAAAAUUGAACUUUUAACACAACAUCAUCUCAUGUUUAGCGAUAAAUAUACCGGUGCUAAGAGCGAAGUUCUCUUAAAUGCAGAAUCUUCCGGAUAUCAAUACGGAUUAUGGGUAAAUCUUGCAAAGAAUCCACGUAUUAAGGAUGUAGAGUUCAAUGGCGUUAGCGUUGAAAUUUCUAAACCAGUUGCUAUGGCUUCUCUUGCAAUCAGAAUCAAAAUUACUCCAUCUGUCACUGAAUAUCCGAAAUAUUCACUUCUUUCACCAUUAAUGUCAUGCGAAUUCUUCCAACUACCAUCACCACCUAAACGUGUUACAACUUACGUGCUCAGACAAAGCUCUGCAAGAUCAUUAAUUCCAAUUUCAUAUCCUCUCAAGAGCAACAACUCUCCACAACCUCCUCUCGUAUUCAAGAUGAAGAUAGAUACCUCAAGAUUACCAGAAAAUACAGAUUCAGUCACUGUUGUCAAAAUUGAUGACAUAGAAAACACCCAAAACUUAAUUUCAGACGUUAAACUUGAUCUAGAGACAUCCACUGUUACUUUCUCCUGCAAGACAACAGGUAUUUUCGCUUUGGCCGUUCCAAAAUACAAUCAAUUUCCGUUUAGCUUCUGGGAAGUCAACAGUCCUGUAGCGGAUACCGUUGAACUCUUUGUCAGGACCAAUAUUACGGAGCUAGCCAUUACAAUUGACAAGAAUGGAUUAUGUUCAUCGGAUUCUCCAGUCCAAUUCUCAGGUAUCAGUGCCGCAGCAGCCUUGGAUAUACUCAGGGACCACGGAUUCAACUUAAACGCUCCGGUAGAUAUCUCAGAAAUCAAUGAUCAGAGAGUUCAUGGAAAACCACCGGCUUUAGAAGAAGUUUUCUCACAGGGAAUUGCAGAUACUGCCACGGGAUUUCGUAUUAGAGCAUCCUGCAAGAACAGCCAAGUCUCUAGAGGAGAACAUGAAGAUCCAAGAAUUAUUAUUUUGGCAAGAGAGAUCGUUAACUUCGGAGAACCAAUCACCGAAGAUGAGGCAGUCGAAGAAGAAGAGGAAGAAGAGCAGAAAGAUCCGGAAAUCAAAGUUGGAGAAAAUUCUGCUCCACAAAACAUUUCUUCGCCUCCACAGCAGCAACAACCGAAUGCAGAAACAGCAUCUCAGAGUACCAAGAAGCAAGAAAAGCAAACAAGAUGGAGAUGUAUCCAAGGAACAGAAAAAAUCAUUUUCGAGUCAAGAAAUACUGAAAAUGAAGAGCAGACAGAUAUAGAAAUGCUUCCGAAUACAGCUUUCCAUCAACACGUAAUGCCAAUGCUCAUGGAUAUCGCAUCUGAAGACGUAAAGACAAGAGUACUCAAAGCUUCUGGUUUUAUUGCUGAGACACUCAAAUAUUUGCUUUCUAAGCUAAGAUUAUUCUCUACUACAAUCUAA